AUGCAUGCCGACACUUGCUUCACCCGCUACCGCUCGAACGUCAUCGAGUUCGGGUUCGGGUUCGGCGGCAUCGCCUCUAUUUCGGCCACGGGCAAGGACAAGGCCGUAUCAAGUGAUGAUGCUGCCGUUCUCGCGGAGGAGGACGAUGGCUUUGCGGGCAAGGUAUACACGCCGAGUAAGCCUGGAAGGAGCAUGGUCUGGCUCGAUGUCGAGAUCGAUGGUGCUGCCGCAGGUCGGGUCGUCGCUGAGAUUCUCGAUGACGUUGUGCCCAAGACCGCUGCAAACUUUGUCGGCCUCUGCAAGGGGACCGAGCUUCCCAAUGGCAAGACGCUGACCUUUGCUGGCCACAACUGCCAUCGCAUCAUUGACGGAUUCAUUGUUCAGUGCGGCGACAUCACCCGUGGUGACGGCCGCGGCGGCCGCUCCAUCUACCCGAGCGGGUCGUUUGACGACGAGCCCGCCGGCCUCGCCCUCAAGCACAACGCGCGGUACUUGCUGCAGAUGGCCAACGCCGGGCCAAACACAAACGGAUCGCAGUUCUGCUUCAUGCUCAACCCAGCGCCGCAUCUUAAUGGCCACCACGUCGUCUUUGGCCACGUUGUCGACGGCUUUGACGUCGUUGACGCCAUGGAGACUGCUGGCACCCAGUCGGGUGUCCCGUCCAAGACCGUCACGAUUAUCCGGACCGGUGUCAUCUCCACUCCGUAG